AUGGCUGCCGUCCGGCUACGUGAAAUCAUUGACCGCCGGCCAGUGAUCCCACCCAGUGUAUUCAUUGCUCGUCAAGGAAAGGACGUUCAAGGCUAUUACCCUGGGCAGCUGGCAAGAGUCCAUCCUGAUUACAGUGUGAACAGAUCUCUCAGACCUCUCACAGAUUUGGCAAUUCCACCCAAGAGAAAAAAUCAGUGUCAACCUCAAUUAGACCAACAAACUCUCAUUCGAUAUAUUUGUUUUCGAAGACAUUCAAAGCCUGCCGAACCAUGGUAUAAAGAAACCACUUACCAACGAGACUAUUCUCUGCCGUUUUACAAGAUGGAUUGGGACCAGAAAUUAGCCACCAUUUCAUCGAAUCCUAGACCACUUAAUUCACUGCCAGAGCUCUACUGUUGUGAAAAGAGGCAGCUUUGAAAGAAAAGCUUUUUAACUACAGUGGCCAUGGCGUUUGAACAAAACAACCCGCGGUGUUCUUAGGUGACUCUUUGAAACUAAAAUAAUGGUAACAAAAC